AUGACGCACGAAGAAUCAGUUGUAGCGAUCGCAAAUGGCCAUUUGUAUACUGGAAGCCGUCGUCCAUGGAUGGCACUCACGGCGUAUUGGGGAAAUCAUCGUUCACGUUCACGUUGCCUUGCCAGGGGCGGAUGCCCAACGUACUCCUUUCAGCCGCGGAACGGCAUCGGUAACACCGCUGACAUCCCUACAAUCAACUUUGCUAUUCCGAACUCCGACAGUCGCUUGCAAAUGCGGAUGACGGGCAGAGCACUUGCAUGGAUAGUCCGGAGGUAUCGGCUAGGUCAAGGAUUGUCCCACUUGUCCCUCCGCCUUCCAAGCUCUACCUCCCGAGCUUGUCCUGCUCGGAAGGGCCUGCGCGUUUUCCAGGAGUACAUGAGGUCAGGUUUAUUGGCGUCCAUUGACACGAGCAGAACCGUCGGGGGGAUGGGGGAAAGAAGGCAGGCGGGAGGAGUGGAUGGCUGGCGUGCUGAAGUUUCAAGGGCAGUUGGGAGGCUGCCAUCUGGUUUUGGGAGCGCUUUCCAGGUCAGCCACCUUUUGGCACUCACUCGUCUUGCACAAACGAGACUUGGGUUCUCCCGACUGACGCACUGCGUUUAUAAGGUCAGCUGGGAGGCCGACAUCCGAUUCCGAAGGUUGUUCUGGCUUGAUUCAUCCAUCGCUCGGAAUCUCCGAAUACGUAUCAUGCAGCCUCCAACUCCACAUCCUCCUCGUGUUCCGUGGCGCCUGCCACCUAUAAAGAAACAUGAAUAUGAUUGGAUAUUGGGCCUGCUAAUUAGGCGCUGCCGCCGGGGACACCUUGGAUGUAACACCUGCUUCCACACCGAGGCAACUGACUCUUCAGGGUCCAAGGUAAAUAUAGUCGUCGCCGCAGAGGAUCUCGUGCGAAUGCGAAAAUGUGGUCAGAUGCGCGAGAUUUGCAUUUCUCUACCUGCGAGACACGUUGGCCAAUUUGCCCUUGCUCUCAUGACUAGUUACGCCGGAGUCGUGCAAGUCGUCGGAUGUAGCGGGUUAGUAUGGGCCAGGCAACGUGAAACCAUGGGAAAGGGAUCACUUGCUACUCCUCCCCUAGAAUCGGGGAACCUGCUGAAAAACGUUUCGAGCGCCACCAGACUUCAUCACCUGCACUACGUCACAGGAAGCAACCCUGGCCCCGCCCAAUUUGCUGUGAUGCUCGCAAACUUAUUAUUCACCAGUAUGGUAUACACACAUGAACUUAGGCAACGUCUCAAGGAAUCUUGGAUCGGCGUGAUGCGGAAGGGCGGAGGUAUUGUUUUUGAUCCUAAUACUACUGUACGCGUCUCUGUGAUCAAUGUACGGUCCUGGAGCAGCUGCUCAAAGACGACCGAUGAAAACCCAAGACCGUCAACGAAGACAAUGUUUGGCAAUGAAGGCUUCUACGUAGAUCUCAACCCUAUCAUCUCAGCGGACAUGCUUGAAGAUGAGGAUUAACGUCCGACACCCGGAAAUGGCAUGCUGGGACGUACGUGAUGGUUCAAACAGCAGAUAAAGGGGU